GUCUGAAGCCGACCAUCCUGGCAUCACUUCAAAGCUGCCGAUGAGACGACGUGACUCAGGGCCCAACAAUGUCCUUUCAAACGCGAGCUUGAGACGCGCAGACGGAACGGUAGCUCAGACUCCGGAGCCUCUCAUCCGACAAAGGAGGGUCUCCGUCAGUGGGGGUGUUAGGGAAACUUUUUUUUUCUCCAUCAAAAGCUAGACGGUGAUGCUGCUCUUCACUUACUGGGAAUGUUGAGACUGAAGAUCCACCUUCAAGCCUGAAAGCUGCUCCUGCUGCGAAGACACUCACCUGACAGCAAAGAUCUUCCUGCUACGGUUCAACCAACCAGAGUCCAAAGAACCAUGAGAGUUCUCCUCCUGCUCUGCCUGCUGUCUUUGGGCAACACAAAACCCUACCAGCCGGUCAACAUCAUGGAUCUGAUGAAGAACCACGACAUCAUGAUGGCGGAUUCGGAUGACGACGACGACGACGACGACGAAGAUGAUGAUGAUUAUGACGAUGAGGACUGUCCAGCUAACUGUCGUUGUUUACCUCAGGUGGUCCAGUGUUCUGACCAAGGUCUGAUAUCCGUUCCUGAGAAGAUUCCUGAAGACACCGUGAUGAUCGAUCUUCAAAACAAUGACAUCACAGAGAUCAAAGAGGAUGACUUUAAAGGCCUGCACAAGCUCUAUGGCCUGUUUUUGAUCAACAACCGGAUCUCUAAAGUUCAUCCAAAUGCCUUCAAGAACAUGGACAACCUGAGACUGUUGUACCUCUCCUACAACCUGCUGACGGAGAUCCCUGCUAAUCUGCCCCCCAACGUCAUAGAGCUGCGCUUUCAUGAGAACAACAUCAACAGAAUCCAGAAGAACGCCUUCGACGGCCUGAGGAAACUGCACGUGUUAGAGUUGGGAGCAAACCCUUUGGCCAACAGUGGAAUUGAGGUUGGAGCCUUUGACGGUUUAUCCACUCUGUAUAUCGGAAUAGCAGAGGCUAAGCUAACAUCUGUGCCAAAAGACUUCCCAUCAUCCAUCACAGAGAUGAGCCUGGACUACAAUAAGAUAGCAAAGGUGGAGGUGGAAGACUUCAUUAGAUAUAAGAACCUCCAGAGGUUAGGGCUGGCGUUUAACCAGAUCAAGUUUGUGGAGAACGGAAGCUUAGCCCGUAUUCCUAACAUCCGUGAGAUCCAUUUGGACCAUAACCGUCUGAAAAAGGUCCCACCGGGCCUCAACAGCCUUCGCUACCUCCAGGUGAUCUUUCUUCAUAAUAACAAAAUUGGCUACGUGGGAAUGAACGACUUCUGUCCCAGUUCUGCCGGCGGGAAGAAGAACCCGUACACAGGGAUCAGCCUGUUCGCCAACCCCGUUAAAUACUGGAACAUACAACCAGCUAUCUUUCGCUGUGCGACCGGACGGCGGGCUGUACAUCUGGGCAAUUUCAGAAAGAAAUAGGGAAAAGUUGGCACAGACCUGUGACUUUCACCAUGACAGAAUAAGCAAGGAGCUUAAUCCAUCAUAAAUCAACAUUCUGGAUGGAGUUUUAUCGUUUUGACUGAUAGUUUGUGUUUAGAAAAAGUUCUCCCCAAUGAGAUAUGAUACAUUUGUAUUAGUUAUGUAUAUUAUGUAUAUUCAUACUUAUUAGGUACGUUAUUAAAUGCAAGCCAAUUUAUUCCCAUUUUUUUUGUCAGGACGAAUAAUUGUCAAGGACGAAAUCAUGAGGUACAAACAGCGCAUAAGAAAUGGAAAAAACUGCAUUAUCAUUCAAAUUGAACAUCACAACCAGACCUGAAGGGAUUUCUGUGUUGCACCUCAGCAAAGAAUGCAAUGCCCCAUGCUGAUUUUAGCAUUAUAAGACCACUUAGUUACUUUAUUCUUGACACAGAUGCUAUUUUGGUUUACUCCAGCGCAGGUUUAAACUAAAAAAACAAUGUAUUAUUUAAUCUAGUCGUGUAGAAAACUUUUAGAAGUGUGUAUUUGCUCUCUCCUGACAGCUAUGAACUAUCAACAGAACACUUUUUGUUAAAUGUUCUGUGAAGUUUUCUCUGGGCAGAAGUAAUCAGAUUACCACUAAUGAAUGUCUUCAGUCUGGGGCUCAAAAUCCACCCUAAUACUGAACCAGGUCUCACAUCAGACACUGAACAUGUGAUGUCACUAAUGUAAAUGUGGCCUCUGCAGGGCUGAGGUCAGACUGACUAUGUGUAACUGGUUAAGUUUUCAUUUAAACCCUGCUUCUGUUUUCCAAACAGAUGAGUUAUUUUCUGCGUUAUGAUGGUUAUUACCCCUGAAAUGGUGCUAUAUUUAUUCAAGAUCUCCAAAUAAACCCAGAAUGCCAUAAACAUGUAUGUCUUAUGUUACAGUGAGGAUGUCAUGCAUUUAAUUCUGUUUGAAAUAUGUUCCCUCCUGUUCUCCAGUAAGAUUCAGAAUGUUUCAUCUUGAAGAUGGAAUAAACAAAACUUUUGAAAGAUUUGUGU